AGCAGGAAUUGCUUGACCAACUCGCCUUGUUGCGAGCACAGCUCAAUAAGUCUGUUCGUGAAUUCGAUGUUGUCGUAAGCCCGAAACGGACGAAGGGAUUCAAGUGGACAGUGAAUAUUGAGCAUGCGACCCUCGAAGGCCUCAAAAAAUCCAUAUAUGCAAUAUACCAAACACCAGCACUUGAAAAUGAUGGAGCAGUGUUCAACCUAGUAAGCGAUAGCGGAAAAUAUUCACCUCGAAGUGACCAAGACCUUUGUGAAAUCCUCCAGCAACUCGCGUCAAAAAACAGCUUCAAGUUUACCGUGUUCAUUGAGACUCCCUCAAAAGCUUUCUCAGAUUGGACUUUACCAAAG